UGCUCAUCCAAAAUUUCGGCUUGUCACCCUUUUCCGACAAGAGACGUUCUUAUUCCUCGAAUCAACACCAAUAUUAACGUGAAAAUGCCCGACCAUUUAGGAGAAGAUAUGCGUAAAACUAAAAAUGAGGAAGUCAAAGAAGAAAAAGAUAUCAAAGCUCUCGACGAAAGAGACAUCGAAAUUCUCAAAACCUAUGGUCAAGGACAAUAUACCAAGGCGAUAAAAAAUGUGGAGGAAGACAUUCAGUCCAUUAUUAAACGUGUAAAUGAACUGGCUGGCAUCAAAGAAUCAGACACAGGAUUAGCACCCCCAGCAUUAUGGGACCUUGCUGCUGACAAGCAGAACUUGGCAAAUGAACAACCCCUGCAAGUUGCCCGUUGUACAAAGAUCAUCAAUGCAGACUCUGAUGAUCCUAAAUACAUCAUCAAUGUCAAACAAUUUGCCAAGUUUGUUGUAGAUCUGGCUGAUUCAGUGGCACCUACUGACAUUGAAGAAGGCAUGCGUGUUGGUGUAGAUCGGAACAAAUACCAGAUCCACAUUCCUCUCCCACCCAAAAUCGACCCAACUGUAACGAUGAUGCAAGUAGAAGAAAAGCCAGACGUAACUUACAGUGAUGUUGGUGGCUGCAAAGAACAAAUUGAAAAACUUCGCGAAGUCGUGGAAACACCUUUACUUCAUCCGGAGAGAUUUGUGAAUCUUGGCAUUGAGCCACCCAAGGGAGUUCUUCUUUUUGGCCCACCUGGUACUGGCAAAACUCUUUGCGCUCGAGCAGUAGCCAAUCGAACAGAUGCUUGUUUCAUUCGAGUUAUCGGUUCUGAACUUGUUCAGAAGUACGUCGGAGAGGGAGCUCGAAUGGUGAGAGAGUUGUUUGAAAUGGCCAGGACAAAGAAAGCUUGUCUCAUUUUCUUUGAUGAAAUCGAUGCUAUUGGUGGAGCACGUUUCGAUGAUGGUGCCGGUGGAGACAACGAAGUUCAGAGAACUAUGUUGGAGUUGAUUAACCAGCUUGACGGUUUCGACCCUCGUGGAAAUAUCAAGGUCUUGAUGGCCACCAAUCGACCCGACACUCUUGACCCAGCUUUGAUGCGUCCCGGUCGAUUAGAUCGUAAAGUUGAAUUCGGUCUGCCCGAUUUGGAAGGCAGAUCGCACAUCUUCAAGAUUCACGCUCGUUCCAUGAGCGUCGAAAGAGACAUUCGUUUCGAAUUGUUGGCCCGUCUCUGUCCCAACAGCACUGGUGCCGAAAUUCGUUCGGUAUGUACAGAAGCCGGCAUGUUUGCCAUUCGUGCCCGUCGAAAGGUGGCAACUGAAAAAGAUUUCCUCGAAGCUGUCAACAAAGUCAUCAAGUCUUACGCUAAAUUCAGCGCAACACCUCGCUACAUGACUUACAAUUAAAUUUGCUCGAUUUGAACGGAUUGCUGUUGCAGAUAAAUGUGUAUUUCGGCCAUUCUCUCUUCUUUAUUUUUUAAAUAUGGCCUGUAAUACAUUUGAAAACGGUGGCUCUGAA